UCCCCGACACGGCCAGAAAAGCAGAAACCUCUUUCCGGUUUCUUAUAUAAGUGUCAAUUUUUUUUGCCAACAGUGGGCAACACAGUCCUGAGAGUGGCCAAAAGGAAGGAGGAAUGGAGACUCAACAACACGAGGGAUCAUCACCCCCACAGGCCAAAGGAACCACCUUCCUCCGGACCUGCUUCAAUGGCAUCAAUACCUUAUCAGGUGUUGGGAUACUGUCAAUUCCUUUUGCUCUGUCUCAAGGAGGAUGGUUGAGCUUAAUGUUUCUCUUCCUAGUAGCAAUCCUAUUUUGGUACACGGGUUUACUCCUACAGCGCUGCAUGAUCGCGAACCAGCUUAUCAAAACCUACCCCGACAUCGGCGAACUGGCCUUCGGGCAUAAAGGAAGGGCCUUAAUAAGCAUCUUCAUGUACCUCGAGCUCUAUCUGGUCGCAGUCGAGUUCCUUAUACUCGAAGGCGACAACCUUGACAAGUUGUUCCCUAACCACGGCUUCAAAUUGGGUCAUUUGACAAUCGGAGGCAAGCAAGGGUUUGUUCUGCUAGCCACCCUAGUGGUCCUGCCGACGACAUGGCUGAGAAGCUUGGGUGCUCUCGCCUACAUUUCGGCCGGAGGCAUCUUGGCUUCGAUUAUACUGGUCUUGUGUGUGUUAUGGGUUGGUGCGAUUGAUGGUGUGGGGUUUGACGAAGAAGGAACGCUCUUGAAUUGGAGUGGAAUACCGACUGCCAUAAGCUUGUUUGCGUUUUGCUAUGGUGGCCAUGCAGUGUUUCCCACUCUCAGCAAUUCCAUGAAAGAUCGAAGUCAAUUCUCAAAGGUAUUGUUGGUUUGUUUCCUGACGUGCACCGUCACCUACGGGUCGAUGGCGGUCCUAGGCUACACGAUGUACGGCGAGCAUCUGAAAUCCCAAGUGACGCUGAAUCUCCCCGUCAGAAAGAUGAGCUCCAAGAUCGCGAUCUACACGACCCUGAUCAAUCCCCUCACCAAGUACGCCCUCAUCAUCAACCCGAUCGCAACGGCUCUCGAGGAAACCUGCCCCUUGCGCAACAGCCGGCCUGUAAGCAUACUGCUCAGGACGGUCAUCGUCGUCAGCACGGUCAUCAUGGCGCUGGUGAUCCCGUUCUUCGGUUACGUGAUGGCGUUCAUAGGCUCGUUCUUGAGCGUCACGAUGUCGGUACUGCUGCCUUGCUUUUGCUAUCUCAAAAUCAACAGAGGCUCGAAAAAGAAGAAGAGUAGGAUAGAGGUCGGAGUCAUAGUCGGGAUCAUAUUGGUCGGGUUUUUCAUCGGUGUCGUGGGUACUUAUGUAUCUUUAAAACAGAUCAUAGACCACUUGAGAAAAUAAUACGAUUCAACUUAUGUGAGAGACCGAAUAAAAACGAAAGGCAAGAAAACUAACCCGCCUUUGUAUAAAUGUAACUUUUUAUUUUUAUGGAUCGGAAAUAAAUCCAUCAAGUACUUACUUCU